AUGUCUCAUGUGGCCGAGCCAGCUCGGGACGGCGGCGUAGAGGCCAGCGCGGAGGGCCCUCGAGCCGUGUUCGUGCUGCUGGAGGAGCGCAGGCCGGCCGACUCAGCCCAGCUGCUCAGCCUGAACUCUCUGCUUCCGGAAUCCGGGAUUGUUGCUGACAUCGAAUUAGAAAACGUCCUUGAUCCGGACAGCUUUUACGAGCUCAAAAGCCAGCCCCUGUCACUACACUCAAGCCUCCCAAUAUCACUGCAGGCCACACCAGCCACCCCAGCUACACUGUCUGCAUCAUCUUCUGCAGGGGGCUCCAGGACCCCUGCCAUGUCCUCUUCUUCUUCAUCGCGGGUCCUGCUGCGGCAGCAGCUCAUGCGAGCCCAAGCCCAGGAGCAGGAGAGGCGUGAGCGUCGGGAACAGGCUGCAGCCUCUCCCUUCCCCAGCCCUGCACCUGCCUCUCCUGCCAUCUCUGUGGUCGGUGUCUCUGCCGGGGGCCACACGUUGGGGCGUCCUCCCCCUGCUCAGGUGCCCCGGGAGGUGCUCAAGGUGCAGACACAUCUAGAGAACCCGACACGCUACCACCUGCAGCAGGCCCGCCGGCAGCAGGUCAAACAGUACCUGUCCACCACACUCGGGCCCAAGCUGGCUUCCCAGGCCCUCACCCCACCCCCGGGGGCUGCGAGUGCCCAGCCGCUCCCGGCCCCCGAGGCCGCCCAUGCUACCGGCCCUACAGGCAGCGCCCCCAACAGCCCCAUGGCACUGCUCACCAUCGGGUCCAGCUCAGAGAAGGAGAUUGAUGAUGUCAUUGAUGAGAUCAUCAGCCUGGAGUCCAGUUACAACGACGAGAUGCUCAGCUAUCUACCUGGAGGCACUGUGGGGCUCCAGCUCCCCAGCACGCUGCCUGUGUCAGGGAACCUGCUGGAUGUGUACAGUAGUCAGGGUGUAGCGGCACCCGCCAUCACUGUCAGCAACUCCUGCCCAGCGGAGCUGCCCAACAUCAAACGGGAGAUCUCCGAGACGGAGGCCAAGGCCCUUCUGAAGGAGCGGCAGAAGAAGGACAAUCACAACCUGAUUGAACGUCGCAGGCGCUUCAACAUUAACGACAGGAUCAAGGAGCUGGGCACCCUCAUCCCCAAGUCCAGUGACCCGGAGAUGCGCUGGAACAAGGGCACCAUCCUCAAAGCCUCUGUGGAUUACAUCCGCAAGUUGCAGAAGGAGCAGCAGCGCGCCAAGGACCUGGAGAGCCGCCAGCGGUCCCUGGAGCAAGCCAACCGCAGCCUGCAGCUCCGAAUCCAGGAGCUGGAACUGCAGGCUCAGAUCCAUGGUCUGCCGGUCCCUCCCACCCCAGGGCUCGUCUCCCUGGCCACGACUUCAGCCUCUGACAGCCUCAAGCCAGAGCAGCUGGAUGUUGAGGAGGAGGGCAGGCCGGGUGUAGCAACGUUCCACGCAGGGACGGGCCCUGCCCAGGGUGCUCCCCAUCAGCAGCCCCCAGUGCCACCCUCAGACACCCUUCUGGACCUGCACUUUCCCAGCGACCACCUGGGGGACCUGGGAGACCCCUUCCACCUGGGGCUGACGGACAUUCUGAUGGAGGAGGAGGAAGGGGUGUUGGGGGGACUGUCGGGAGGUGCCCUGUCCCCAUUGCGGGCUGCCUCUGACCCCCUGCUCUCUUCCGUGUCCCCCACUGUCUCCAAGGCCAGCAGUCGCCGAAGCAGCUUCAGCAUGGAGGAGGAGUCCUGA